AUGGAUAAAGAAGACAAUGAAACUCGUCCCAGUGAACCCACAGUGAAAAUCAAUAAGAAGCCAAGCCAAAGCUCAAAACGCAAAAGGACCACCAAUAAUUUGCUGAUUUAUAUACUUGAUAGACAACUGGGGAGGAUGAGAAAUGAUGUGGAUCUGUCAAAGUGGGUGUGGAUGCUUUCAUAG